AUGAAUUGCCGGAAGUUCACCAACCUGUUUGGCUCCGGAGGAAGGCGAGGCAAUCCACCGGCUCCCAAACAGUUUACUUUUGAUGCGGUCCUGACCAAGGAGGUUGCCAUGACCGGGCUUUGUUCUUUGGCCAUCACGGACACUAUCCGGGCUGUCCUGCGAGGUCAAGAUGGAUGCAUUCUGACCAUCGGACACAAAAGAACAGGUAAAUCCUAUACUAUGUUUGGCUCCGAUCGAUCCAUGGACGGUAUUGGGGUUAUCCCGUGCGCAAUCGCGUGGCUAUUUCAAUUGCUCAGUCGACAGCGUGAUUCAGAGGGGAUCCGGUUCUCUGUUCGUGUCUCAGCUGUGGAAAUCUACGGGACUGAGGAACGAUUUCAAGAUUUACUGUCCGAUGCUGCACUCACAAUGGGAGAUGAUAUCAGCUUGGAAACAUAUCCACCCAGUCACUAUUUAGCCUCCACUAAUAAACCGCGAUCGUCCCAGGGAGAUUCCAGUCGUUCUGACGGUGACUCAGUCGCAACCUGUACUGUGGCUGCGUUGACCAAGCGAAGCGAAUUACGCGCGUCCAGCGCGGAUAAAGCCGCACAUUUGCUCGAUGUGGCAUUGGCACAUCGAGCGUGUGUUCGGGAUCGGAAUCAGUCCAGUGGAUUGUCGCACAUGUUGUUCACCCUGCAUAUAUAUCAAUGUCGUGUUGAACAGAACGAGCAUGGAACUUCUGUGUCUGGUGGUCGAACUCGGCUCCAUUUUCUCGACUUGGGUUGUGGACGUUACACACACCAUACCAGUUCAAUCAUUUCGAUGGGUCUUGAUCAGCGGAAACAAUCCCGGACACGUUCGGUGCGUCCCAGUGAAAAUCUUUCAGAACCGGGCAGUCCCGAAACCCGCGGGCUUAGUGGUCCUGACCCAAAUAAUGCGAAUCAAUCUACACGAUGCUUGUCAUUGUCCGCUAUGGCCAAUGUUCUGCUUGCUUUGUUGACCGGGCAGCGUCAUUUGCCGUUUCGGGAUUCUGCAUUAACCUACAUACUGCGCGAAGCGAUGAGCGGGAACCAAGUGCAGCCAUGCAUUCUUGCUCAUGUGUCUUCAAGUACGCAACACUACACGGAAACGUUGCAGGCAAGUGUUGUGGUCCAACUGGCUGCCAAACUGAGUCGUCUAAGAAGGCGUCGUGUUGGUGUACUUGGGAGUGGAGUUCAUCUGGCCGAAUCGUACGCUUCAAGUCCUAGCGAGAGUACCAGUUUGGAUGAUACGGCUUCAUCCUCAGUCGAAGGAGCCUCCCAGUCAACUGGAAGACGUGAACGUCUGUAUCGUCGAAGAUACAAAGGACCACGUAUGGGCCGUUCUUCCUAUGCCAGAUCAGUUAGCUCCCUCGGUUCAGACUUGGAUUUCACUUCCGGAAGUGAACAAUCCUGUGAGACUGUGAUCUAUUUGGGUAAUCAUGGCUCUAGUUACACUGGGACCAAUGAUCCCCGAUUGGUUCCUGGAUGGAGUCAGAUCCAUUCGGGCACACGCGAGCACCGGCCAAUCCGUCGACUUGGUCCUCGAGGAACCGCGGAUGGCAGUGUGGAUAUGCCAGGCGAUGUGCUAGGACAGAAGAUGUUCUCCGAGUACAUGAACAGUGCUGGGACUUGUCCAACUGUGCUAGAAGAUGCACCAAUGGAGCGUCGAUCGAGUUCGGGCAGUGGUCAGAACACAAAUCACCUGUCUAUUGGACCAGUCAAACGUAUGAUGCCACGCACCAAUGCAACCGUGUGGCCUCGUUCGGUAUCUUUUCGCAAAGCAAAAGAAUGUUUGGAUACGAACACCGAGACAUGGGUUGACGGUCCGAAAGCAAUGGUCACCAUGUGUUCCACACCGGUGGUCACCUCGGACAAUCCGCUGGAUCACGCACAGACCGAGUCCCAUCGUUCGAAACUAUCCAUCGAAAAUGCAUCACAAAUAUCAGCCAAAAUGGAGGAGGCUACACCUAUGGGGAUCGGGUUACAUGAAACCAGUACUGUUGGUUUUGUACCUUCGUCGGAACACUGGAACAAGGAGGAUUGGAACACGCAGUCAAUCACGCCAUCCGCAAUCGAUACGCGACUGACUAUUCCAUCAAUCGGUGUACCGAACUACACAGAAAGCCCUUCAUCCAUUGAUGAGGCGUUUGCAUUGCUGGCCCACUAUCCUUCAACUGAAUCAACAACAAACAAAUGGGACUUGUCAAAAUAUCGACUACUUUCGUUAAACAAAUCCGGGACCAGUGCUAAUGGGGCUUGUGGCGCUUCGGCGGUGGAAGAUAAUCUGUUCAGUCUAGACGUUCCAGACUCCUUGUGCCAAAGUGCCAGUAGUUCGUCUACUUUGGAACGUGAUGUUGGUCUGCUCCCACGUGCUCUAUCAGACAUAUCGGAACGCACGGAGGAGACUGAAGGAUUGCCAGAUUGUGCGACCAUGCCGAAGAAGCAGACGGGAUCGACUAUGUUUGCUGUCAAAUCUCAAACUCAACCGAACUCUUGUGCACCAUGCUUGCGAUCCAAUUCCCUUGAACCGGUUCGUUCGGUUUAUCCAACCGAGGCUUCACUCAAAUUGAUGGAACUGAGAAAACAAAUCCGAUCGGCUUCGGGUCAGUCGCAUGAGGAACAACCGGUGACUGUCGGCAGCUCAGCACUACCGGUGGAUUACACACGUAAUCUGUCACUCAAUUCCUCGAGUUCAACCGCAAAUUUGGCAACAGCACCAAUCCCCAUUUCGUCCUCGCCGAUGGUAGUUAGCGGGAGCACGUCAAUGAGGAAAAAUCAAUUGUACAGUUCCUGUACAAAUUCAGUUGCAGAAAAUACCUCCGGUGGAGCAAUGCCGGCCAAAGUGAGUGAACAGAACAAGGGUCCCGAGCCGAAUGGAACUACUUUGUCUGGACGAGGUCCAAAUCAGGACUGUGCAGCCGUGGAGCUGUCCACAUUCGGCACUAACUCACCAAACCCGAGAAAAGAGACCCAAAUAAGAAAGACCGAGGAGUCCAAAGCCUCCAGUGGAGUUUGCGCGCCAGCGGCGAAGCCAACUGCGCCACAUCACCGCAACUCACACGUGACCGGUGGUAAUUCAUUGCUACGUGUUGCCGCAUGGGUGAACUCGAUUGGUCUCUUGAACUCGGAACAAUCGGCGCCCGGUGAAGCUUCCGGUUUACCAUACACAGAUAGUGUGGCACUCAGCCCUGAGAGACCGGUGUGUACAAACGAAUCGUGGUUGAGGCACCCCUCCGGUCCGACCGAUCUUUCCCCGGAACUCUACCCCCACUGUAUGGUUGGAAUGUCCACUUUCGGUCGAACUUUCAAUUCACCUAAAUCGGAUCGGAUUCAGUUGAGAAGGUCAUCGAUUAAUACGAACCUUACAACUACCACCACCACAUCUGCUAGCCCGGCUAGACAGAACAACGUUAGCCAGAAUACGGGGCUGGUUCAUCGUAACUGUCAGGAACCCUAUAAUCUCUCUGCACCAAAUGAUUCAAUAGACAUUCGUUUCCGUGGUCCGCAUCUUGUCCCCACUGUAUCCCCGAUCCGAAUUCCCUCAGCCUCCGAUCGGAAUCCAGGGGAAACAGAGUCAACCAAUGUGACCGGUCCAUUCGUAUCGAGCAUAGAAGAACCGAAAGACAAAAGAAAAUCGAGACUUCGAUUUCUCACUUUGCCCCUGUUUCGUGGUCUACGAAUUCGUCAUCGUGAAAAAAAGACCAAAAAGGACAAAUCUUCAUGGACCGCAAUCUCAGACGAGGGCUCCAAAUCACCAGACAUACAACCUGCUCCGUUCGCUUCCACGAAUUCACCACCAAAUGACCCAAUUUCGUAUUCCCCUUGUGCCUGGUUUGCUUCAACCCAUUCCGGGAGCAACAAUGAUGGGCCUCAAGCCACACCGUUGGAUACAUUCCGACCAUGUGUUGGCUUAUCGACUGAAGCAUAUCAGCAAUUAAGUCCCGCCAGACAAACACAGUUACUGGUUUCGCGUUCUGAAGCAUAUAUGCCUUGUCCGCAAAGUGUCGGAGAAAGACCAGGUCACGGCUGGAUUGAGAACCGGGCCAUUUUGAGCGAACAGAACCGAUUUCGAGAGUGUCACAUGGAUUCCGGGGGUAGUUGUGCAUCACCUAGUCAUUUCAAUCCACCAGGCUCUCCUUCUUGGCAUAUGAAGAAGUACGAACGUGAUCCACUGCCGAACGAUCUUCCCAACAGCUCAGCAGGGCCUAUGAGCGCAGUUUGUUACAACAAUCACAGCAACAGCAAUAUGAACAACAGCAACAACCAAAACACCGGUGGACUACUUCUCGCCUCAGUCUAUCGAUCUGGUCGACGUAGUGUGACCGGUGGAGCAGCUAGUAGCGGAUACGAGAGCAUGCGAUUCGGUGCCAGUGACCUUUCGUCUUUGUCUCAUCCGGACUCUGCAAGCGACUGUUCCGGUUUGGUUCCGUCUAGGCUCAUCUCAUUGAAAGACACAAGCGGGUGUGCCUUGUGCACAGAUAGUACCGGUCCGGGACGCCGCUGUCAUGGGACGGUGGGACGUAUACAUGGUUCGACCGGAUCGAUUGGUCAGAUCAGUUCACCAAACGGUCACAUGCGAUCCGCGCGCAACUCGUCACAACGAGCAAAGAAACCUAAGGCAGCAGCAACAGCAACAGCUGUUUGCGGUCCAUAA